UAGUAUCGUUUCGAUCGUCGUCGUGGAUCGUAAAAUCACCGAGUCCGUGGUAAAAAGAAACGGUGAUAGACACGGUGGGACACGCAUCGACGAUCGAGCUCAGCUAUGAUACGGAAUUCGUCUCGUGAAAUCGGCCGAUUCGGACGAUCUGGUCGGCGAUAAGAAAAGGAAAAAGGGAAUACGUUUGUAUCUCGCUAUAUUUCUCCAUCUUUUUUUCCCCCGAUAAAAAAAGAAAAGGAAGAAAGAGAAAGGACGGGGAAGUGAGUCGAGUGUUAAGAAGACAAGGACAAAAAACGAGAGAAGGAAAGUCAAAUUAAUUGGAUAAUAAAGUAAAAAAGAAAAAGAUCAAGAAGUUAUCAAUACACAUAUACUCAUCCACGCACGCCGAUAAUAGAUAAGUAAAAAGUGAAUUUUCUGGAUGUUGUACGAUAAGUAACGUACGAUAUAGAGUAAAAAAGAGACGGACAGAGAUCGGUGAAAAUCGAAGUGCAAGGUGCGCUAACGUAAUCGAUCAGAAUGAAUAUGGCGCUGUGGAUGCAUAUCGAUAACGAAAUCGAUGGAUCGAUAGGAUCAAGGAGCAACGGUGAGCAAUAUGAUUGGAUUGGUAGGGAAUCGGGUUACGCCGAUUUUAUGGAAGAUGGUGGGGAAAAUGAUAACAGGAUGAUGUCGAUGUCGUCAUCGGCUUAUAAUCUUGACUCUGUUGCUACUAAAACUUUCGUAGCAAAGACGAAAAUGAGGACAACGAUGAACGUAGACGAGCAAUGCAUCAUAAACGAGGAUCAAUGUAGAUACUCGAAUAUCGACAAUUUCUUACCGAAACCUUGCAAAUCUGGACCCAUUGAUGUUGAGGAUCUGGCAAUGUGUUUUCAACAGGAAAAUGUAGGAACGCAAGAACCAGUAACUUGCAUUACUCGAUCAAUUUACAGUCAACGUUCCUUUCGGGGUAACCGUAUCAACAAUUCUUCGUCGUUUUUACAAGAUUCUUGCCGAUCAUGCUCGAAAUACAUCGACCCAAAUUCAAUGAGUGAUACUCAAGCUCCAACGAACACCAUAACGCCUAUCGAGACUGUUUCUCAUACCUCUUUUUGUAUUCCCUUUAAACAGAAUAGCGUAGAAGAAUUCUAUAGAUAUCCUUUUGAAUUCUGCACGGAAGAAAAAUGGUUGGAAUGUUCUGUUAGUGAUCAUUGUCCUUUAUAUGAUACGAAUUUUUCUAACCAACAAUAUACCAACAAUAUUUUACCACCCUGUCUUUAUGAGGAUUAUUUCUGGAAAGAAUACAUUGAUCCUUGGAAUUAUGUCUUUAUGGAGGAUGAAAGGGUCAUGGAGGAUUACUUGAGCAACGAGAAAAGGAAAGAACGAUCUCGUGAUGCGGCAAGAUGUCGACGAAGCAGAGAGACCGACAUUUUUACUGAGCUCGCUGCUGCAUUGCCGGUGUCUCAGGAUCAGGCGGCUCAUCUAGAUAAAGCCAGCGUCAUGAGACUUGCCAUAGCUUAUCUCAAAGUUCGAGCGGUCGUUGAUUCCAUACCAGGCACAGUCGCAAAGACAGAAACGUCCGUGAAAAUGGACGAAUUAUUUCCGGAAGCUUUGAAUGGAUUCAUGCUGGUAUUGUCGAACGAUGGAAAUAUGGUUUAUCUAUCGGAAAAUGUUAGCGAAUAUCUCGGAGUAUCGCAGAUGGAUAUGAUGGGACAAAGUGUGUACGAAUACAGUCACCCAUGCGAUCAUGAUGAGUUACGCGAGUGUCUUUCUUCGAAGCCUAUCGAAGAUAACGACAAACGCUCGUGCAGUUUUUUUCUCAGAUUAAAGUGCACAUUAACCAGUAAAGGAAGAAAAGUCAAUUUAAAGAGUGCCUCUUACAAAGUAAUCCAUUGUAUUGGCCGUUUGACGAACAUCCAUGAUUCCAAUUCCAAUUCCGUAAACGUUGAAAAAGAAAAGGAUGUCUCCUCGGACAAGGAUGAGAUCGAACAUGAGACUGGACCGUCUUUGAUUCUCGUUGGGUGUCCUAUACCACAUCCUAGUAAUAUCGAAAUACCUUUAGGACGUCAAACAUUUUUAUCGAAGUACAGCCUCAGCAUGAAAUUCACUUAUGCCGAUGAAAAAUUAGCGGAAUAUCUUGGUUGGGACAGCGAGGAAUUGAUGGGACAAUCAGUUUUUGAGUUCCAUCAUGCUCUCGAUAACUUGGCCCUCGACAAAUCCUUCAAAUCUCUCUUCAGCAAAGGACAGUGCGAAACAGUGGCCUACCGUUUCUUGGGCAAGAAGGGUGGAUACGCUUGGGUGGUCACACAAGCUACCCUUAUUCACUGCUCUAAACAACAUAAGCCGCUCUCCGUUGUCUGUGUGAAUUACAUCUUAAGCGGAGUCGAGUGCGAGGAUGAGGUCUAUAGUGUGCGCCAGCUCGUUGCUCGUGACUCCGAGAAGACGGUGAAAUCGGAGCCUCUACAGAAAGUCGUCAUUGUCGAGACACCGCCAUUGGAGUCGACAACUCUGGAAGUUUCACCGAAAUCAGAGAUAUUACAGAACGUUGAGAACGUUGAGAACGUUGUUUCUACGAUUGUGCCGUUACAAGAACAAAAUCGUAACGACAGACCGCAAGCGGUAACAGCUUCGAUAUUCCGAUCAGCUGCAUCUGUAUCGAAUCAGGAGACGAAGAAAGAAAGUGAUAAACUUUACGAAGGAAAUUCAAAAAAGCCAAUAGUUUCUGGAAAAUCAUCUUUCCCUGUGUUAGCUCCGAAAACAAAUCCCGAAGAAGUUCCACUCAAGGAGAACGAUCAACCAAAGAAACGCCGACAAUCUGGACGUACAGAAUUUAUCUUCCAGGGUAAACCUGCAUUGGAAUACGAUUUCGACGCCACUAUACGUCGUGAUCGUCCGCUGGCGGUCACUAGACAACUCUUUGCUCCUCUUUCAUCGACUACUAAUCAGCAACAGCAAGAACUACAACAGCAAGUGUCUUGCAGGCCGCCACCUCAAACGGCAACCGCGAGUAUAUUCGCGCCUCGUACCGAGGACAUGAACAAGGGUUUUUUGACUUUCAGCGAGGAUCAGCCAGGUCUUACCAUGCUAAAGGACGAGCCGGAGGACUUAACACAUCUCGCCCCAACUCCUGGCGAUGUUUGUGUACCACUCGAAGAUACACCCUUCUUGUCAGACAUGUUGGAUGAAUUCAUUCUUAGCAAUGAUAAUUAUUAUCCUUUAUUGAGUCCCGGCGUUCCAUUGUCGUCCGAAUUGCGUGGCACGGAUCUUGGUGAAACUCUAAAGGACACUGAUCUUGUUGAUAGUACGAGGAACAAAUGUCUUGGGGAUUCUUUAGCUGAUAGCGAUCCUUUUAUGUAUGGUGAUUCACCGGCCAGUCCAUGCAGUAUCGAUCCAAAUUCAGUAUCACCUUCACUUUCAAAAUAUCGCCAGAGCCCUGAGCGAAGUGUUGAUUCUCUUGGUAGUCCUACAGGAGGUAGUGGUGGAGAAGGAUUCUCGGAAGACGAGAUGUUGAUGCUUGGUAUAAGUGAUAGUACAGUGGACGAUGAACUGGCUCUUAGAGCUCCGUAUAUACCUAUGUCUGAUCAAGAUGAGGCAUUGGAUCUUUUGAUAAGCAACGACAUGGUCAUGUGGGGUGCAUCACAGUCCGUUGAGAAAUCAUCCAAAUGGCUAGUCGAGGAUCGAGAUCAACGGGACGUUGAUUCCAGUUUAGCACAAUUGCUUAGAACUGAUCAAGCUGUUGCUCGCAGAUACAACGAUCAUGGAGGAGGUUUGGUUAAUCCGGUACAGGUGCUAGGUCAAAUACCUAGGAAAAAUCUCUUCAAUGAACAGAAUCGUUGGCCGACGAAAAUAAACGAUCGUAAUGAUAGAGCAAGUAAACGCCUUCAUAUGCAAUCAAAUGAGUUAGAACAAGGGAACAAACGUAUCAAAUGCGAGGAUUCGCUUUCCCUCGAGUUGAGCAAGUCACUUGAGAAUCAGCGUUUGAUAUUCGACGAUCAAGGAAAAUCACGAAGAUCGAAUAAUCUUUCAGGGAGUCAACUUCUUCGUCGACUUGUCUCACAACAGACAUUUUCACGUAAUAAUCGAACAAACGUCGAGUCUAGUUGCAACGGCCUUGAAAAGAAUAAUCGUCGUAGAACUUGCGAGGAAGAACAACGUAUACGUAACAUCAAUGAGAAUAAUAACCACAACAAUAGCAACAACAAUAAAGCUAUCAAGGACGAUGACGAGGACGAGGCUGAGGGGGAUAGUGGAGGGGGAGGUGAUCAGAAAAGAAGAUGUCUAGCUCGAGAGAUCUUAGACAAUACGACAACAGUACAAAGUUCAACCAAUUCUCGCAGGAAUCCUCCUUAUAACAGCGUGCUCAUGAAUCUUCUGGUGUCUGGCUGCGACGAUACUGUCACGAACUCUCGUAACGUGCCAACAUUAGGAAACAAAAAUUUAACUUCUCCGCUUAGCGUCAAUUUGGACAACCAAAUGGUCCCACAAUGUCCGGAUGGACUGAGCAACAUAUCUUUAGAUCGUCUAAGUCCAAGUACUAGGAAACAUCUAGUUGGUUCAUUGAGUGGUGGAAGUAUGGUUUCGCCUUCAACCGGCAUAAUAUCCUUUGAUCAGCUCGAAUACGAUGUUGUUUGUACUGGUCCAGGUCUACUUCAGAUGGAUACCACCUUACAUGAAGGACCGAUGGAUAGGAAUCUCGUUUAAGAUUAAACACGGUCCCUUUGAGAAAUUCCAGAACUGCUAGAAUGAAAAAGUAAGGGCUCGAAUAUCUAGCUGUUAUUUAAUAUAUAAUCCGAUAAUCCGAUAAUCCGAUGGAAUCCUCAAAAAAAGAGAAAAAAAAUCAUAAAUUUCAUCAGUGAUUUCUUUUUUUUUUUUUAAAUUAAAAAUCAAUGCUCGAUGUUGUUUCUUUAGGAUUUUGUAUAUAAUUUUUUUUUUUUUUUUUUUUUAAUGACGAUUAUCAAAUCCUUUCUAACGUUUCUACAAGAACGAACAACAUCCUGAGAAUUUAAUUUAAUUUACUUUACUAUGUGAUAUGUGUUUGAUCUAUCCUUUUAAGACUUCUUUUUUUUAUUUUAUUUUUGAUUUUUUAUUUGAUAAUGAGUAUCACACAAUUAAUACGAUAUGUAUAUAAGUGAUUCAAAGGCCAUAAUAUAUAGAACUUCUCUACAGGCUCGUUAAUAGCUACGUGAGAGUUAAUUACUAAUUUUGUUUUCAGUAUGUUCUGGAAUUGAUUAGAUAUAGAUAAUAUAAGCGGAAGGGAAUAAAUGUAUUUUACAUACGAACAAGAGAUUUCUAAUUAUAGAAUUCGUAUAUAAUAAUAUUAAUAAGCAUUUCAGAAUGCUAUACAAUGAUAUAAAGAUAGAUUUCGUAAUACCGGAUAUUACCCGCAAGCAGAGUAUUCAAGUGUGUACUUCCUUUAAUUUUAUAUAAUUAUUUAUAUAUAACGUCUAAAGGAUCGUACAUAUUUGAAGAGAGUUUUAACAUUAUUCUAAAAUAUUGAAUUUACUAUUACUAAAUUUCUUUUCAAUUCAUUAAUCCAAAUUUAUAGAUCGAUUUCAUGUUGUGACGAUCAUUUAAUUAUUAUCUUUGAUUUAUUGAUUUAUAAUAAGUUUAUUCCAUUAUCUCUGCCUGCUUAAAAUUUUAAUUGUUAAUAAUAUCAAUAUAUAUAUAGCAUAUUGACGAGUGCAGAUUAGAAAUCGUUGCGUGCCAAUGCUUUCACGAAUUAUAAUUAUUAGUAUACUUGUUACAAUUCUACAAAUGAUUUUUUACAUUAUCAUCAUCAUUAUCAUCAUCAUCAUUAUUAUCAUCAUCAUCGUCAUCAUCGUUAUCGUCAACGUCAUUGUCAUUAUUAUCAUCGUCAUCAUCAUCAUCAUCAUCAUCAUCAUCAUCAUCAUCAUCAUGUCAUCUUCUUCUGUUUCCUUUUAAAUCCAAACGAAUUUGAUCGAACCAACGUUUAUUAAAAGAUAGAAAUGUAAAUAAUAGAAUAUAUCUUUUCUCAUGAACUCUCUUUGAUCUUGGUCGUUUGGUCCAAUUUCAAAGUUAAUUAAGAUUCGAGCUGAGAAUAGAAAGAAAAGAAAUGAAUUUAUUAUCUCGUAUGAAACUAAAUUUGUACGAGUUGCGCGGCAUUUACGUGUUGCAACAAUAUCGUUGCCUUGUUGUUAUUGUUAUGAUUUUUACUAUAUUUUGAUAAUCCUUGUUACGAUCAUCGUUAUUACCAUUUUACAAACAUAAAUAUUCUCUGCUGGUACUAACCGAAUUUUUCUACAGUUGUGCUAUAGAAAUCACAAAUCAAGAUAUUAUUAUCGUAAUUAAUAUUAUAUCGGCCCGUAAUAUUAUAAUUAUUAUGAUUGUCAUCUAUAUUAUUAAUCUUAUUAUAGUCGUAGAGUAUCAUCCAACAUGGAUCAUAACUAACCGCGAAAAUGAUAUGAAUACAGUAUCAGGAACAAAAUAUAUAUAUUAUUUCUAUAAAUAAUA